AUCUAAAAAUGAUACCGUACAUAUUUUUUAUUCAUAUUUGUAUUAAUCUUCAAUUUUUUACUGUAAACUAUGUUAUUUAAUUUUAUGUAUUAUGGACAUAAAUAAUUUUCGAUUAAUUGAGAAUAUUUAAAUAACUGUUCAUGUGUAAGUAUUGUAGUAAUUAUUGAUUGUAAAUUUUCUUUUAAAGAAAACACGUUCCUCUGAAUAUCAUGUGGGAUAUUAUCAUUUAUGCAUUCUCAAUGCUCAUCACUGGAGCAUUGCUUUUUUUGAUGGUGUAUUCUAUAAUUACGCUAUCAGAUUUAGAAUGUGAUUAUUUAAAUGCUCAAGAAUGCUGUUCCAGAUUAAAUUUUUGGGUGAUACCAAAAAUUGUAGCAGAAGUAUUGUUAGUCUUAGGAUUUUUAUCAGAUUUCAAUUGGUGGUUGGUACUCGUAAAUUUACCACCAGUUGGAUGGUUAAUACAUGAAUAUAUAACUGUUCCUAGAGGUAAUACUGGAUUAUUUGAUCCUACAGAAAUUCAUCACCGGGGUCAAAUGCGUACUCAUAUGAGAAAUUUUGUAAUAUUUACCGGUUGGUAUCUGAUCACAUUUUUCUUUUAUUUAUACUUUAUGAUAUUAACUGUACUGAAAGGCAAUCCGUUGGAAACUGAAGAUCCUAUGCAUGUUAAUAAAUUCUAGUCUAAGAGUGUCAAGUAUUGAAGUUUAAAAACGAUUUGUAUUUUUACUAUUUAUUUAAUUAAUAUUGAAGUUUUUAAGGUCAUAGAAUGUAAAACACCUUAGUAAAUAAUGUAAUAUUUCAUUUAUUAUUUUUUAAAUGUGUUACUGUGCCACACACUGUAUAAUUUUUAUUUUUUUACAAAUUAGUAAUUUUUAACUUAUUGUUUGAAAACGCUACGCAAUAAGCUAGUCAAUCAAUUCAAAUGAUCAGUCAUAAAAAUUUCCAGUAUUACUAAAUUCAUCAAUGAUUAAAAAGUUUUAGGUGUUUAUUUUAUCCUUUUUACUCAUUAAUUCAGACGACUUUUUGUCCAAUAUACCAGUUGUCCCUUUAUCAUCAAUUGUUUUUGCAAUUUUCACAUCAAACCAACUCAUCAUCCACAAAAAUCAUCUAGCAAGGAGCUUGAUGUGGAUGUUA